UGGUCUUCAGUGAUCAAUGGUCCAGUGACUCGCACGGGCGGCUCCUCAGCGUCGAAAAGCAGACUCGAAUCGAGACAAUGUUACACCUGAGAUUUGUCUUUAUGGCCGCUUUACCGCUGCUGCUGUUGCUUCUACUUCAGUUUAGUCCACCUGCAGAUGGCUUUAUCAUUCGACUGAUUACGGAGACACUGCAGAAUAACGUGGCUGGUGAGCCGGUUCUUCACGAGCGGACUUCUUGGGACUUUGAUCCGGAGGCGGCCAAGAGGGCCAGAUCGCUGUACUACGAGAAGAACGGAUUCCGCUCGUCCAAAUUCAUCGAGCGACUGGGCGUUGGUCUGGAUGGGCGGCACGAGGAGCGGCGGGCGGAGCAAGGACAUCGCGAUGUGGGACGACUGAAUGGGGAACACAAUGUGAACUAUCCGCCUCCACCGGCUUAGCCAUAAAUAAUUAUGAUUUAAAUUUAAUUCUCAUUUCGCCGUUUGCCAGGCUUAAUCCUUUCUGAAAUGGGUGGGCAUGGAAAAUCCAGAACAUUGUCAUCAUUUUAAUUUGCAGCGAUUAAUUGUCAUUGUGCGCAUUAAUGUGCUUCACAAGGAUUUGCGUAAUUUGCACAAUGUUGCAGCACAAUAUUCCCCCAUUCUCUGCGGCUUAUUGUCAGUGUGGGGUGAGGGGAGAGGGGGGGUUGGUAAGUCCCAGGAUCCCUUGCUUUCCCCAGCCAUGUUGUUGUUGUGGUUUUAAUAAACGUUAUUAGCCGACUGGCUGCAACUGC